AUGAAGCUUUCUCAAAUCAAGCCGUUGAAGCACAAUGUUCAUCGGUUUGCAUCGUGGCUUAAACAAUAUGCUGCCGGGUACCAGGAGUACCACGACGAAGCUCGUGAAAUUCGAGAGCUGAAGACGGCGAAGUCAGCCGCGGCGACGCCACAGAAGACCAAGUCAAAGAGCCAGAGCAGCGGCGCUGCUGUAUGGUCAGUCGUCGGAGCCGUUGCUGUGACGAAACAAGUGCGCUUCAAGAUGGUGCAGCUCGAAACUGAUUGUCACCAGCUCAUCGACAAACUAGUCAUGGAAGUCCUUGGUUUUAGCCACGACGGAAUGCUGGUCGAAGCCCUUCGGAAGUAG